GCCCUUUUCGAGUCACUUCCUGCAGAUCAUGUUGCCGAUGCAGGUUACGGCCUGCAACUGCUGGAUGAGGGAGAAGAGAGUGAAGAGCUGGAGAAGGACUCUACAGUCAAAGACACAGUGGCGCGGAUAGAGGCACAGGUGGAGGACACAGCGCAGGCAUCAGUUUGCCAGCCUCGGAACCUCCGACGUCCAAGGAAGGGCUCCAAUGAAAGCAGCAGCAGCCAGGACUCCACGCCAGAACCGCCGGCGAAGAGGAGGCGCUUCCUCGAGAGAAUCAGCCGACCGUGGAGGGUUGCACGAGCUGCAUUCAGCGCGGUCCGCGCAUUUGGCUGCGGCCAUCGACGAAGAUGA